GCGCGCCCGUAUUCCGCAAAAAGGAUUUCAGGAGAGCGGUCCCCAUGUUUUUCGUUAUCUUAGUUUAAUUUAAAAUCAUAUUUAUCAGCAGUUAAUGAUAAAUCAUUUAUCAUAAAUGCUAUACUAUUGAACUACUGGUACUGUUCAUUGUGUUGUUCGCAGUUCGCUUAAUUUUUUAACAUACUUUUAAUUUGCCUGGGGAUUUGUUAACUGAGGCAAGAUAAUUUCGGGUGUUCUUACUGCUUGAUACUCUACAUAGUUGGUGAUUAGAGCUGGUUGGCUGAUUGUAAUAUUCGCAGAGGUUUGAUUUUGUCACAACAGAAUAAUGUCUACUUCACACACACCGCGACCGGUAUUGAAAAGCAGACCGGAAGAAAAUGAUGAUAAGCCAAGAAGCGAAAGCCCAGACAAAGCAAGGAGCGAAAGCCCGAGCAAAGCAAAAACGGGCAGUCCUGUUAAAGAACGCAAGCCGCGAAGCGGAAGUCCCGUUAAACAACCCAAGGAACUGAGCAGUGUUAGUGACGACGAAGUGAGCAGUAUAUUCAAAAAUCUGACAACAUACACCCUGCUUAUCGUGUUUCUCCCUAUUGCGUCAUAUUUCGGGGCCAAAAAAGUUAUAUUUGAGCAGUAUCUCGGAAUUGCUUCCGGACAAAGUGCCAUUUACUGGGCUGUUCUUGCCGUUGCGUCCAUCCAUGUUGUACUGGGCAUCAUGGUUUACCGGGCAUACCGGGAAGGCAUUAAACCUCGCAAUAUCAAGCAAGACUAGUGGUUCGGAACAAUGCAACUGUUUCGCUACCACAGUCUUAUUAUUUAAAGGAAUUCCUUUUGAUGUGUUAUUUAAUACGGAUCGGGAAAAAUUAACUAUUGACACAUGCUAUGGUGAUUUUUUUAUGUAUUUUCCAUUUUUAUCUGGGUGCAGCUGUUGUCGGAUAACGCGUUUGAGUAUUUGUAGGAAAUUGGAACUAGGAAUGUUUGCAGUUAAAAAUUUUUAGUACCUUGCCCCUGCUUAUGUGUUUAAAUAAUUUAGCCGCUGCUCGUGUGUUUAAAUAACCAAACACGAGUACAGUCGAUACCGAUGGCAAAAUAUAUGAAGAAAAAAUUCUAACCGCUA